AAUAAAAAAGAAAAGCAAACCCUCAGGAAACCCAAAACCCUGUCUGCGUGUGGCGGGGAUGGAUUUCCAAGUGGUUGUUCUCGGCGGUGGCGUCUCCAAGAAACUUCUCCCCCUCGUCUCACAGGAGCUUCCAAACGCUUUGCUUCCGGUGGCCAAUCGCCCCCUUCUCUCUUACGUUCUGGAGUAUUUGGAGCUUAGCAACCUCAAAGAUCUCAUUGUGGUCGUCGAAGGCGAAGAAGCCGCUCUCCAUGUUGGGGCUUGGAUUUCAGGGGCUUAUGCUGAUCGCCUCCAUGUCGAGGUCGCUGCAGUUCCUGAGGAUGUGGGGACAGCUGGUGCAAUUCGGGCCAUUUCACAUCACCUAACUGCAAAAGACAUUUUGGUUGUCAGUGGUGAUCUUGUCACCGAUGUGCCACUUGGUGCUGUUGCAGCUACUCAUAGACGACAUGAUGCAGUUGUUACUGCUAUGCUUUGCUCUGCUCCUGUAAGUGGACCUUCAGAGUCAGUAUCCUCUGGUGGGAAAGACAAAACCAAGAAACCUGGUCGCUAUGAUCUAAUAGGGCUGGAUCCCACUAAACAGUUUUUAGUUCACAUAGCAACCGGAGCUGAGGUUGAAAAAGAUCUUCGUAUUCAUAAGAGCAUGCUCCCUGCAGUUGGCCAGAUAGAAAUAAGAGCUGAUCUAAUGGACGCCCACUUAUAUGCAUUCAAAAGAUCAGUUCUACAAGAAGUUCUAGAUCAGAAGGGUACAUUUCAUAGCUUAAAACAUGAUGUAUUGCCAUAUCUUGUCCGGAGUCAACUGAAAUCAGAAGUAUUGUUAAAUGGUAUGCCACAAGCAGAAGAAAAUGGAACCGAAAAGGUUAUUUCUCAAAGCAAUCAACAAAUGCUAUCUCAAAUACUCGCUAAUGCAUCAUUACCAACCUUUCAUCUACGGCAUGCACUGGGUUGUUAUGGUUCUUCUGUUCGAAGAACCCAUAAAUGCUGUGUUUAUAUUGCUGGAAGUAGCAAGUACUGUACUCGCUUAAAUUCUAUACAGGCAUACAGUGACAUAAAUCGGGAUGUGAUAGGAGAGGCUAGUCAUUUAUCAGGGUAUUCCUUCUCUGCUCAAAACAAUAUCAUCCAUCCUUCUGCUGAGCUUGGGGCAAAAACAACUGUUGGACCACAUUGUAUGCUAGGGGAAGGUUCACAGAUGGGUGAUAAAUGCAGUGUGAAACGGUCUGUCAUUGGGCGUCACUGUAGGAUAGGUGCCAAUGUUAAGGUUGUUAAUUCAGUAGUUAUGAAUCAUGUUACUAUUGGAGACUGUUGUUCGAUCCAAGGUUCUGUCAUCUGCAGCAACGUACAGCUCCAAGAACGUGCUGUACUAAAAGAUUGCCAAGUUGGAGCAGGUUUUGUUGUCGUUGCUGGUAGUGAGUGCAAAGGGGAGAUCUUGGCUAAGAAAUGGAACUGAGAUGUGAAAAUACAGGCUGGGGAAAUACAUAGCAAAUUGACUUUUAUUCUGUUUCUGCAUUGCUUGGAGCAAUUUUUGCGCUUUUUUGCUGGCAGCAGUUACAAUUUGGUGAUCUUGGCAGGAGGAAGCAAAAUAUUUCCAAUUUGUAUUUCUGUCCUUUGCAGUUUCUUUCUCAUGCAACUUAACGUUUGAAAAUGGCUUCGAUGGGUGUUGAGUAUCCAUUUCUGUAAAUGACUACUCAUUGUUUCCUCUUGUCACAAUUUUCUGCCAUUUAAAUGCAUGUUACAGAAGAUUUAGGUUGGUAUCUUACUGCCGUACUAAAGAGGUAUAAUCCAGCGCCGUCAGUUUUGUACUUGAUCAAAUGUAGUACUAUUGACACUUCUCUUGUAAUCCUUUUGUUUUCUAGUGAUUGAUAAUGUUGAUGAUAUAAUUCUACUUUAAUACGAUUCUUGCUUUAUAAUUCAUUUAAACUCACUUUU